CGAAGAUUAGAAAAAGCAUCGUUUCUCUCACCUCUAUCUGCCGUCUCAUUCUUUUUUGCUCACCAUUUCUCUCCACAGAUCUCUAAAUUUGAAACCCUAAUCUAUCCGUAUAUAAAUACUCGGCAAUUCAAUUACAGAGUAUUUUUCAAUACCCAUACACGGAUACAAACUACGCGUAUCGACGGCGAUCGGGAACCGGCGGCUGAUUCUUGGUUGACGGAAGAUGAAUCCGGUGGAGCUGUGAAUCAAUUACGGCCGAUAGAGCCCUAAAGCGGAUUUGGACGGCAGCCGUCUGUAGGAAGAACUGUAACUGUAGUAAUUGUACGAUUGUUUAGGCUCAAGAUAGUGCAGUGGUAGAUAAAGAUGGAUGCGAGGAAAGGGGGAAGAAUGCUGUGAAGAAAACGACAUCGUUUUGGGGAGAGAUUCGGACAGGACAAGGUAGGGGGUUGAAGGAAGUGAAGGAAGCUGUUGGGUAUUAGGCAAUGGACGAGUACGACAGCGGAGGGAGAAGCGGGGAUAAGGGUUUGGGCCCUGAGGAGGAAGGGAACACUGCUCCCCUUCCAGAAAGGGUCCAGGUUGGUGGAUCUCCUGUAUAUAGGAUUGAUAAGAAGCUUGGGAAAGGAGGAUUCGGUCAAGUUUAUGUUGGUCGUCGAAUUAAUCCUCCAAAUCCACCUGAAAGAACUGGUUCAGGAGCUGUAGAGGUAGCCUUAAAAUUUGAGCAUAGAAGCAGCAAAGGUUGUAACUAUGGUCCGCCAUAUGAGUGGCAAGUCUACACCGCCCUUGGCGGUAGUCACGGCAUACCACGUGUUCAUUAUAAAGGCCGCCAAGGUGAUUACUACAUUAUGGUUAUGGAUAUGCUUGGUCCUAGUUUAUGGGACGUUUGGAACAACAAUUCUCACACGAUGUCAAUUGAAAUGGUAGCUUGUAUUGCCAUUGAAGCAAUCUCAAUACUAGAGAAGUUGCACUCUCGAGGAUAUGUGCAUGGGGAUGUUAAACCCGAGAACUUUCUUCUUGGAACUCCUGGAACACCCGAUGAGAAAAAGUUGUUUCUUGUUGAUCUUGGUUUGGCUACAAAGUGGCGUGAUACUUCAACUGGCCUACAUGUUGACUAUGAUCAACGCCCUGAUGUUUUCAGAGGGACAGUUCGUUAUGCAAGUGUUCAUGCUCAUCUUGGAAGGACUGGUAGCCGAAGAGAUGAUCUAGAAUCUCUUGCUUAUACACUCAUCUUCCUUCUUCGAGGCCGGCUUCCUUGGCAGGGCUAUCAGGGUGAGAACAAAGGGUUCCUCGUCUGCAAGAAGAAAAUGGCAACAUCACCAGAUGCGCUCUGCUGCUUCUGCCCUGCUCCUUUUAGGCAGUUUGUUGAUUAUGUUGUGAAUUUAAAAUUUGAUGAGGAGCCGAACUAUGCCAAGUAUAUAUCUCUCUUUGAUGGAAUAGUUGGUCCAAAUCCAGACAUCAGACCACUCAACACAGAUGGUGCUCAAAAGCUUAUUUGUCAAGUUGGACAAAAGAGAGGACGAUUGACAAUGGAAGAAGAUGAUGAUGAACAACCAAAAAAGAAGGUGCGCAUGGGAAUGCCUGCAACGCAAUGGAUCAGUGUUUACAAUGCUCGCCGCCCAAUGAAGCAAAGGUAUCAUUACAAUGUUGCAGAUAUAAGGCUUUCUCAACACAUAAUUAAAGGAAAUGAGGAUGGGCUUUAUAUUAGCAGUGUCGCAUCUUGUACAAAUCUGUGGGCCUUAAUUAUGGAUGCGGGAACCGGGUUCACUGCCCAAGUUUAUGAGCUAUCACCAAAUUUCCUUCACAAGGAAUGGAUUAUGGAGCACUGGGAGAAAAAUUAUUAUAUCAGUGCAAUAGCAGGAGCUAACAAUGGGAGCUCUGUAGUAGUGAUGUCAAAGGGUACCCAGUAUGUGCAACAAUCGUACAAAGUUAGCGAAUCGUUUCCUUUUAAGUGGAUUAACAAAAAAUGGAGGGAGGGUUUCUAUGUGACAGCCAUGGCUACAGCUGGGAGUAGAUGGGCAAUUGUAAUGUCUCGUGGAGCUGGGUUUUCUGAUCAGGUUGUAGAGUUAGAUUUCCUUUAUCCUAGUGAAGGGAUUCAUAGGAGGUGGGAUGGUGGUUAUCGCAUCACAUCAACUGCAGCAACAUGGGAUCAAGCUGCUUUCGUUCUUAGUGUUCCAAGAAGGAAACCUGUUGAUGAAACCCAAGAGACACUUCGAACAUCUGCUUUCCCCAGCUCACAUGUUAAGGAUAAAUGGGCAAAGAACCUUUACAUUGCAUCUGUCUGUUAUGGGCGAACUGUGUCAUGAAGCACACCGUAGUUUUGCUUUAUCUCAUGGACAGAUGUAAGCUGUUAGCCAUUGACAUGUAUGUGCUUAAUAAUGCAUGAUCCUCCUCAACUGUCUCGGCUAACCCCGUCAAUCUUUGGAGAGUUGCACUGAUUUCUUAAUGGCACAUGUGAUUACUACCAUUUUGUUGAUGUACCGGAAAGUAUAUUGUGGCUGUUUAGAGGUGGGUGUUUGGGGUGGGGGGGGGGGUCCUUUUGACUGGUGUCUGUAUAGUUUGAACAAUAAUUACAAUUGAAAUGCAAGCAGAAUAGGUGACCAUUGAUGGUUUUGUGAACCAUGCAAUUUGUGGUUUCUCCACAAGUAUGGUUUAUAGAUACUGUGUGCUGGGUAUAUCUUGGUCCCUAUUAUUCUAUGGAUUGUUUGGAAUCGUGUAUAAACCUGGCUGCAUAUUAUGAAUGCAUUUCAUAACACUAAAUGUAAUACAACUAA